AUGCCCAAGAGGAAGGUCAGCUCUGCAGAAGGGGCGGCCAAGGAGGAGCCCAAGAGGAGAGCGGCCAGGUUGUGGGCUGAACCGGCUCCUGCAAAGGUGGACGCGAAGCACAAGAAGGCAGCUGGCAAGGAGAAGUCGUCGGACAAGAAGGUGCCGGCCAAGGGCAGGAGAAGGGCAAAGGGCAAGCAGGCCGAGCUGGCCAACCAGGAAACCAAGGAGGACGUGCACACGGAAAACGGAGACACUAAAAACGAGGAGAGUCCCGCCUCUGACGAAGCCGAGGAGAAGGAAGCCAAGUCCGAUUAACGCCACACACCAGGUCUUAUCAGUGCUCCCUGUCUCCCUUCUUGUACAAUCCAGAGGAAGAUUUUUAUCAACUAUUUUGUAAAUGCAGGUUUUUUAGUAGCUCUAGAAACAUUUUUAAGAAUGAGGGAAGCCCACCUCAUCCCAUUUUUUUUAAGUGUAAAUGAUUUUUUUUGAGAGGUGAAAUCAUUGCUGGUUGUUUAUUUUUUGGUCCAACCAGAAAAUAGUGGGAUAUUGAACUAGGAGAGGCUCUGCCUGUCUGGGUGUCAGGUUCACAUGCCACAGGUGGGUGGCUUUUAUAUCCUGCAACACACUGCACACCAAAUGGCAAUUCGGAGUCACAAUUGUGCAUUGCAUCUGUCUUGGAAAUUUUCAGUUGCUUCUCCCGUGUUGGUCAGUAGAGCUGUUUCCUACAAUGAACCACUCCUUGUUGCUCUGUCAGAACCGUGCACACCCUGUUACCCCUUUGGCUGGGGAGUCCAGGAUUCCUAAUCCUUAACGUACUGUGAGAGACUAAAGACUUGCGUGUCGCGUAUGUGAUGUUCCGUCGUGAGUGGGUGGGAUUCACGUGACAGCAACUGCAGACACUGGUACUUGGUAGCGUCUUCCAGAAGGGCUGCCUCCAAAUUCAAAGCUGGAAAGUCACUGGAAUAGCUUCAAAAAUGACAAUCCACGGCGUGU